UCCCUGCCUUAGUCUUCGUCGUUGUCAACUCCUAGUGAGUGUCAACGAAAAAGGAUAGAAAUUUGACGAUUUUACAAAAAACAGUGUCUAGUAAGCAGUUUGUCAUUAAUUAUGAUGUACAAAGUGUAAAUAGACACAUUUUUGAUAAAUUCAACAAUGGAAACACUGUCCCAAAUUCUGCUACCAUACAAAGACAUUAUUGGAACUACUGCCAGUUAUCUGACAAUAGCGCAGUUCUUUUCUGGGGUGUUCAUUUGUCUUGACAUUAGAAAAAAGGGCAACACCAAAGAUAUCAGUUCGGUUCCUUUUGUUGGAGGCAUCAUGAUGGGUCUCGCGAUGUUGAAAUAUGGCCUAUUAUUGAAAGACAAUGUCAUGUUACAAGUGAAUUAUUCCGCCAUUUUAUUGAACGUUUUUUAUUCAGUUUUCUACUAUGUGUAUUCCACUGAUAAAUGGAAUGAAAUCUUAAAACAAUUCACAGUAAGUGCGGGACUUGUCGCAGUACUGUGGGGCUACUGUGAAUGGGAAAACCCGUCUUUAGUGGAAGAUAGGUAUGGAUUGAUAGUAACAAUAUUAAUGUUGGGGCUAUUAGGAAGCCCGUUACGGGACGUCAAAGACAUAAUUGCAAAGAAAGACGCCUCCCAGAUACCGUUUGUGAUGACUUUAAUGGCAACUUUGGUAACAUUUGUGUGGCUUCUAUAUGCAAUCAUUUUAAAAAAUACCUUCAUGCUGGCACAAAAUGUAGCAGGAUUCCUUCUGUGCUUCAUACAAAUGGCGUUAAUCGUGACAUUCCCGGGUAAGCCCGCAAAAGCAACCAAAAAGAAGAAAAACUAGGGGAUAAAAUGACUUUAAAAAAGUUUGUAACCCGUAAUUUUACAUUCCAGGUAAGGAAGCCGAAAGUAGUGAUUCAGACGAAAUGUGAAGCGUCUAAUUUAGUAAAAAUAUAUAUAUUUUAAUAACAGUUUUGUAACUCCAUCUUGUGGAAAAUAAAAUUCGCCCCUAAAUAAAAA